UACCCUUCUCUCGAGAGAUAACCACCCCCCCCCUCUCUUUCUCUCUCUCUCUCUCCCCGCGCCGCCGCCGCCCCCCGCCGCCGCGCGGUACCCCGCCUCGACGCACGCAGCUCUCCGGCGAUCGCCGCCGCCGCCCCCGAUCCGUCCCCUCUCGGAAAACCCGCGGAAAAGUGCCCCGGAAUCCGCUGGGCCCGUGUUUUUAAGGCCCGAAUAAUAAAUCCCCGCACCGCGGGUGGCUUCCGCUGCUCCCCCGCCCCGCGACGCUCGCGGCCGCCGGCGCCGGCGAUCGCGUCAGUGGAUAGGCGUGCGUGCGCGCCCCCCCACGCCGGGCCCACCCAGUCCUCGCGGUCCAAACCUUGCCCCCACCCCCUGUCGGGACGACCCGGCGCGCUCGACAGCCUCCUCCUCCUUCCUCCUCGCCUGCCCGACGCGGCACGAGGGAGCCAUAGACUGCUGACGCUCUCAGAGUAUCUUCUUCAUGUGCUGUCGUAAGCUGUGAUGGCAUUCUUCAGCAAUUCCGGGAGCAGGGCUGAUUCAGGAGGGUACAACUUGAACGAGAAGGCUGAAGAUGAAAGUGCAUACGAGUCUGUUGGGGAUAGGGACGUUGACCUGAACUCUAGCCAGUGGAACUUGAAUGAGAAGGCCGAAGAUGGGUACCACAGUGAGGAGGAGCAAUGCGAAGCUGUCCAGCCUGGUCCGAUUUCUUCUGAGAAUAAAUCAGGGCAGAAUGCCCGGAGAGUAGGUGGUCCAUCUGGCCCAUGGGGUACAAACUUUUUGAAGGAUUGCAGACCCGCACAGUCGGUUAAGGAAGACCCGUCAAAUAGUGAUAGGGGAAUGGAAGACGGGUCUGUAGCUAGCUCACAUGAUGACAUGGAUGGCAGUGGAGACGAAGGUGAGCUAAACAGAGGGCACGGGGAAGUGCCCGCCGAAGAAAUGCUUUCCGAUGACUAUUAUGAGCAGGACGGAGAGGACCAGAGUGAUUCGUUGCAUCGUGGUGGGAUGAGCCACCCAAGCUGUUCCAGUUCCGGGGUAGCAGCAAAAGCUGUCCCCUUGAGACAAAAGAAGAAAUCGACAAAAUACAAUGCUUAUGAUGACGACAACGAAGAUGCGUAUAAUGAUGAUAACGACGAUGAUGAUGACGCAGAUGAAGAUGAUCCAGAUGAUGUGGAUUUUGAGCCAGACAGUGAAACCGACAAGGCAGCUGUUAAGGAUAAGCUUGUGGACAGUGAGAACUCUGCUGAAGAAGAUGAUGAUGAGCUUGAGCUCUCCGAUGAUGAUGAUGAAGAUGAAGAUGAUUUUAUUGAGAAUAGAAGGCAAUCUAAACGACUUAAGGUCGGGGGAAUUAAAGCAUCACAGCGAAGAAAGCCUCCCAUGCAGCCUCUACGCAAACGAGGGGCAUCUUUCACAGAUGAAGAAUAUUCUUCAGGAAAAGAUUCGGAUGUACCUAAUGAUGCUGAUUUCAGUCGCCGACCAAAAAAACCUGAUAGGCUGCAUCAGAAAACUGUGUUCCGUAAUAAUGUUUUAUCAAAUGUCAGUUCCAAUAAUGAGUCUCGGACUUCUGGAAGGAGGAGGACGCAGAAGAAUAUCUCAUAUGCAGAAAGUGAAGACAGUGAUGAUAGUGAGGAGAAGUCAACUAAACAACAAAAGCUCUUGAAGGAGGACCAAGAUGAGGAAGAUGGAGAAACUAUUGAAAGGAUCAUUUGGUAUCAACCAAAGGGCAUUGCUGAGGAUGCCCUGAGGAAUGACCAAUCAACUCAACCUACUGUGAUGAGCAUGGCAUCAGAUUUUGAUGAACACUGGGAUGACGUAGAGUUUUAUAUAAAAUGGAAAGGCCAGUCUUACUUACAUUGUCAGUGGAAGACGUUAUCUGAGCUCCGUAGUGUUAGUGGAUUUAAGAAGGUUCUAAAUUACAUGAAAAGAGUGACAGAGGAACAGAGGUACAAGAGGUCACUAUCACGCGAAGAGGUCGAGGUGCAUGAUGUGGGCAAGGAAAUGGAGUUAGAUCUUAUUAAGCAAUAUAGCCAGGUUGAACGGGUAUUUGCUGAUAGGGCAAGCAAAGUGGAUGGUGAUGGUCUAGUACCUGAAUAUUUAGUAAAAUGGCAAGGUCUUCCUUAUGCAGAAUCAACCUGGGAAAAAGAUACCGAUAUUGAAUUUGCUCAAGAAGCAAUAGAUGAAUACAAGGCACGCGAAGUUGCCACAGCUGUACUGGGGAAAACGGUCGAUUUCCAAAGGAAGAAAAGUAAAGCUAGUUUGCGGAGGCUUGAUGAUCAACCAGAAUGGCUAAAAGGAGGUAAACUUCGUGAUUAUCAGCUUGAAGGCCUAAACUUUCUCGUUAACGGGUGGAGAAAUGACACCAAUGUUAUUCUUGCUGAUGAGAUGGGUCUGGGAAAAACGAUUCAGUCUGUUUCCAUGCUUGGCUUCCUCCAUAAUGCUCAAGAAAUUAAUGGUCCAUUUCUCGUCGUCGUGCCACUCUCAACAUUGUCGAAUUGGGCAAAAGAGUUCAGGAAGUGGCUGCCAGACAUGAAUGUUGUUGUUUAUGUGGGAAAUCGUGCCAGCAGAGAGAUGUGCCAGCAGCAUGAGUUUUUCACAAACAAGAAGGGUGGAAGGCAUGUAAAAUUCCAUACGUUAAUUACUACCUAUGAGGUGAUACUUAAGGACAAAGCCGUUCUUUCCAAGAUCAAGUGGAACUACCUUAUGGUUGAUGAAGCUCACCGGUUGAAGAACAGUGAAGCAUCGCUGUAUAUUGCACUUUUGGAAUUCAGCACCAAGAAUAAGCUGCUAAUAACUGGGACCCCUUUGCAGAAUAGUGUUGAAGAGCUUUGGGCUCUACUUCAUUUUCUUGAUCCAGUUAAAUUCAACAGCAAAGAUACUUUUGUUGAGAGAUACAAAAAUUUGAGUUCGUUCAAUGAAACUGAGCUUGCAAAUCUUCACAAGGAAUUGAGGCCCCAUAUUUUAAGACGAGUUAUAAAAGAUGUCGAGAAGUCUUUACCUCCAAAAAUCGAACGAAUUCUUCGUAUCGAAAUGUCUCCUCUACAGAAACAGUACUACAAGUGGAUUCUAGAGCGAAAUUUUCAGAAUCUGAAUAAAGGAGUUCGUGGCAAUCAGGUCUCACUCUUGAAUGUCGUCGUCGAGUUAAAAAAGUGCUGCAACCAUCCAUUCUUGUUUGAAAGUGCUGAUCAUGGUUAUGGCGGAGAUAGCAUUGGUGAUCGCAAUAAAGUUGAACGCAUUGUUAUGAGUAGUGGGAAGUUAGUUUUGUUGGACAAGCUGCUAGUAAGACUGCGGGAGACCAAUCAUCGUGUGCUUAUAUUCUCUCAGAUGGUUAGGAUGCUGGACAUCCUGUCUGAGUACCUGUCCCUUCGAGGAUUCCAGUUUCAGAGGCUUGAUGGUAGUACAAGAGCGGAUCUUCGUCAUCAAGCCAUGGAGCAUUUUAAUGCGCCUGGAAGUGAUGAUUUUUGUUUUCUUCUUUCUACACGCGCUGGUGGACUUGGUAUUAAUCUUGCAACAGCAGAUACAGUGAUAAUUUUUGAUUCGGAUUGGAAUCCUCAAAAUGAUCUACAGGCGAUGAGUAGGGCACAUAGGAUUGGGCAACAAGAAACUGUUAACAUCUAUCGGUUUGUCACAUGCAAAAGUGUUGAAGAGGAUAUAUUGGAACGGGCAAAGAAGAAAAUGGUUCUUGAUCACCUAGUGAUUCAGAAGCUCAAUGCUGAGGGGCGACUUGAGAAGAAAGAAACCAAAAAGGGCGCCUCCAUGUUUGAUAAGAAUGAACUUUCAGCCAUACUGAGGUUUGGUGCGGAGGAGUUGUUCAAAGAAGAUAAGACUGAUGAAGAGACCAAAAGGAAGCUUGAAAGCAUGGACAUUGAUGAAAUUCUUGAGAGAGCUGAGAAGGUUGAAACAAAGGCUGCUGAAGGGGAGGAAGGAAAUGAGCUUCUCAGUGCUUUCAAGGUUGCCAACUUCUCGAGUGGUGAGGAUGACGCUACAUUCUGGAGUAGACUAAUACAACCAGAUGCUGCAGAUAUGGUUCAGGAAACUCUGGCACCUCGUGCUGCACGAAAUAAAAAGAGCUAUGUUGAAGAUCACCAACUUGAAAAAAAUAGCAACAGGAAAAGGCGCGCCGUCGAAGCACAAGAAAAGACAAGAAGGCGUUCCAACAGAGCAGUUGACACAAUGGUUUCGUUACCAUUGAUUGAUGGAGCAGUAGCUCAAGUACGCGAAUGGUCAUUUGGGAAUAUACCAAAGAAGGAUGCAUCCCGCUUUGUUCGAGCGGUUAAAAAGUUUGGAAACCCAAGCCAAAUUGGCUUAAUUGUGGAUGAUGUUGGUGGUGCAAUAGCAAAAGCUCCAUGUGAAGCACAAAUUGAGCUGUAUGAUUUGCUCAUUGAUGGCUGUAAUGAAGCUGUUAAAGAGAAUACUGAUAUCAAGGGCACUGUAUUGGAUUUUUUUGGUGUGCCAGUGAAGGCCUAUGAGUUGUUGGCCCGGGUCGAAGAGCUUCAGUGCUUGGCAAAGCGUAUCGCACGGUACAAAGAUCCAGUUAGACAAUACCGGAUCCAAUCACCUUACAAGAAGCCUCAGUGGUCAGCAAGCUGUGGAUGGAUUGAAACUGAUGACGCAAGAUUACUGCUUGGAAUUCACUGGUAUGGUUAUGGAAAUUGGGAAAAGAUACGGUUGGAUUCAAAGCUUGGUCUGACAACAAAAAUUGCGCCAUCAACACUUGGUGAGAGAGAGACAUUUUUACCACGUGCACCAAACUUGGAUAAUCGUGCUAGUGCUCUGCUGCAAAAGGAAUAUUCCAAUCUGAGUGGAAAGAGCUCAAAGGCCAGAGGAGGGGCUAGCCAAACAGUCAAUAAUGAAACUAAUGGUGGUGCAAGAUCGCUGAGAGGCCGGCAAAAAGAUCUGAAACCGAAAGAUGAUAAUAAGUCAAAUAAAGAUGAUAUUAAAAAACGCAAGGUAGUGGAACCUGAAGCAAGGGAAGAAGGUGAAAUUUCAGAAUCUGAAGCAGAGACUAAAUAUCGUUUGGACAAGGAGGAAAAGUGGCUCGAAUGGUGCUCUGAAGUUUUGGACGAUGAGCAGGACAUAUUGAAACGGCUGGAUAGGCUACAGAAUACAAGUGUAAAUCUACCAAAGGAAAAGGUUCUUUCAAGGAUUCGUAGGUACCUCCAGAUAAUUGGUGAAAAGAUUGGAAAGGUCAUUGUCCAACAUGGGGAAUCUUACAAGCAAUCGCGUAUGGCCUCAAGAUUAUGGAAUUAUGUGGCAACUUUUUCAAACAUGUCCGGGGAGCAAUUGCGUGAUCUCUAUUUAAAACUUAGUCAGGACCAAAUGGAAGCUGGAGUCGGCCCCUCACAUGGUAGCAAUUUUCAGUCCGUUCCUCCCAACAGGGGUGGUGCUUCCAAUCAGCCUCAUCCUUCUAGAAACCAAAGGUCGACAAGGUCUCUUCAGCACACUCCAGAGUCUCUUAAUAAUGGUGAGAACACUGGGAACUCGGAAGCGUGGAAGCGGCGUAGGAGAGCUGAUUCGGAUAAUCAAUUUGACAACCAACCUUUGUAUCAACCUCCUCCAAUCAUAACAAAUGGGAACAGGUUGCAGGAAUCUAGCAGUUCAGCUGGUAUUCUUGGUUGGGGUCCAGUUGAAGCCAGACGGUAUGGCAAUGAUAGACCAAAACGAGGUGUUCAUCCUAGCCAUUUCCCUGCCGGGCAUGGUCCUUUGCUUUAGCUGAAGUAGUCAACUUUGUCAGUUGAGCAGCAUUGUUCCUAGGAGUCUUCAGCUUCUACAAAGGUGAAAUGGGGUUUUGAAAUUCUUCUUGGGAAAAGAAAAGAACGAAGUGUCAAAAUCUUAUCUGAAGCACAGCUUUGAGUCUGUCCCUCGAAGAAAUGCCAGGGAUCACCGAGGUGCUGGUACUUUUGAGCUAGAUUUACACAAUAGAUUCCUCUAACAACAAAACAAAUAUAUGGGUCUUGUAAACUGGCACAAGGAAGAGUCCCAGAAAUUUUGUCGGUUCAGUUUUGUGAUCUAAUAGAAGUACAUUUCAGUUGGGAUCUUUAAAAGAAGAUUCAUCUCAACAAUGAUCUAUAGUUCAACCUCAAUACAUGUAUGGUCUUUGACAUUGCAAUAUAAUGAAUUAUGGUUUAGUUGAGCAUA